AUGGAGGGGUACCAUGGCGCCGAGUGCGACAGGGCAUCCGAGACCUUGUCCUUUGUAGAGGAUGAAGAAGAAGAGGAAGAAGAGGAGGAGGAGGAGGAGGAGGAAGAAGAAGAGGAGAAACAGUUUGUUUUCCUGAUGCUGCGCUCCUACCAUCAGGAAAAUAACGAACGAGGCGGUGGCUCGGUGCCCAGCGCAUGGCAGUGGUCCUGUGCAGGAUGUGGAGGCGUCUGCAACCUGAUCCGUGUGGACGGACUCCUCUGGCCAUGCCAGCGCUGGCGGGUUCAGAAAGAGACAGUGAGGCCUGAGAGUGCCCUGCCGUGUAUCGGGUCACAAAGCUUCUUCAUUGUCCUGACUAAAGCCUAUUGGUUUGGGGUGGAUACUGUAGGAAUAACCAAAGACAUGCAUAUUGACAGCUUAAGUUUAUGGCACUUUUUUUCUGUUGUUCUUUUUGUUUUUAGUUUGAAAGAUCUUAUCCAAAGUGAAGAUGUGAAACCCAAGCUGCAGUACAUCAUGACUAAUCCUUCCUUUUCUAUGGUAACAGUUCAAAGUGAAGACAGUGGGAUAACCUGGGAAACAAGCUCGAGCAGAUGUUCUACUCCCUGGACCUCUGAAACUAGCACAACUUCUGAUCUUUACAGUAUGGAAAGUUCACCAGUAGGUUCUCCUCCAGGAAAAGUUAUCUUUAUUAUGGAUGAAGGUAAGAUUGUUCGGAAAAGGAAGCGCAGACCUUCAAAUAGGGUGCCAAUGGCUACAAGCCUGAAGAGAGGCCAGGGCAAUAAAAAACGUGACUCUUCUGGAAUGCAGAGGCAAGAACAAAGAACUGUUCUAGGGGCUGUGCAGGCCUCCAUGUUGAAUGUUGAACAGGUGGAAGCGCAAGACACAGAUGAGGAAAUGCUGGAGGACAAAGAAGAUCUAGAGAACAUUGCAGAAGAGCCAGUCAAACGUGCUCCGAUAAGAUCAAUAUUUAGAGAGAGCAGGCUGAGAAAAGUAGGGCCGAUCCUUGGAGGACCAGUACAAGCUAGAAUCCAGCUGUUCAACUCAAUUUUUGGAGGGACUGGGCUAGCCCCUGAAGCAUUGGAGAAAAUCAGAAUUCAGAGAAGUAUCUCAAUUUCAGGAGAUUCUGAAGCACUGCUUGAAACAUCAGUAAAAGAAAAAUUGCAGAAGUUCAGUUCACUUUCAGAAGCAACACAUCCAAAACUUUUCCAAACAGUAAGAAGUAGAAAUCUUGAAACACCAUCUGAGAGAAGAAAGAAGCAAAGACAGCAACUCGCAGCACAUUCAAAUCAAAGUUAUUCUUCACCAUCAACACCUCUUAAAGAGCAGCUCACGAAUACAGAUGAUGUGUCAUCUGAAAAUAUUAAACCCAUUAAAAUGAAAGGUAAACCAAGCAGAUUUUCAAGCUUUGAUGCAGAAACAACUCUUAAACGUGAAGAAAGAAAAGACAGCCAGUCUCUUCUGGAGACUUCAGAUCAGGUAUCGGGGCAGUCAUUGAAGUCCUGCCCUCCUGAAGAAGCCAGGAAGCAGCAAAGUUAUUCACCUGCAACCAAAACAUCCAUAGCAGAGCAAUCAACCUCCAUUUUAUUGGAGUCUGAUGAUAAAUCAGAGACACAAGUGCCAGUUCCAUCAGCUGAAACUGCAAACAAGAAAUCAGACCAGUGCCUGCUGACAGCUUCAGGUCUGCUGGAUGAACAGAAGGAGCAGAAAAUUCAACCUAAUUCUGCACCUCAGUCUGUUUCAGCAGAUACUGUUGACGAAUUAGGUAGGCAAAGUACCCAGCCUAUUUUGCCUACAGCUUCUGUGUCAGAACUUUCUGAGAGGGAAGCAUGGAAGGCAGCAGUUGAGUCUUAUUUACCUAGUGCACCAUCAGCUAAGCCCAAAUAUUCCACUCUAUCUGAAACAAUACAGGAGGAUAUUAUUCCUCAGUCACCAGAAACUGCACAAACUCAAUCUGCACAGGUGCUUUUACCACAUUCUGUAGGUGAAACAGAGAAGCAAGAAACUCAGUGUCACUUAUCAACAACUGCUCUGUCAGAAACUGAGCCUUCAGGUCUAUUCUACUGUGCUGAAGAAAAACAGGUUCAGAAGACCCCACCACCAGAAACACAAAAUGUUCACUUAGAGAAAAAAACAGAGUCUAAACGAGACCUUUCCUUCUCCCUUCAGGAAACAGAGGAGCACGGAAUUAAACUAAAUUCACCUAUUCCUGAAAAUAUAGAUUCUAAAUACUUCAGCAUUUCAUAUCCUAUUCGCACAGAAACACAAGAAUGUCAGAAAACUUCAGCUAUAAGUAAAGCAGUAGAUUUGGAUCACUCUGACUUUUCCAUCAAAAAUAACAAACAAGCAGAGAGAGUGCAAAUGGAGAUGGAGCAUCUAGACUUAUACUCCAGCAAACAAACUGAGGAAUCAGAGAGAACACAGGUGGAGAAAGGCCAUCCAGACUUCUCUUUUUCUGGGGAAGAAACAGAUGAAUUGGAGGCUGCACAGCUGGAGAUGGAGCAUCCCGACUUUUCUUUUUCCAGGGAAGAAAUGGAGGAACGAGGAAGUGCCCAACUAGAGACAGAACAUCCCGAUUUCUCAUAUGCCAGGGAAGAAAUGGAGGAAUUAAAGAGUGCCCAGCUGGAGACCGAGCAUCCAGAUUUCUCGUAUUCCAGGGAAGAAGCAGAGGUAUCAGAGAGUACAAAACUGAAGACAGAAAAUCCAGAAUUGCUUUUUUCCAGGAAAGAAACAAAGGAAUCAAAGAGUGCCGAACUGGAGAUAGAACAGCCCGAUUUCUCAUACGCCAGGGAAGUAAUGGAGGAACUUGAGAGUGCCCAGCUGGAGACGAAGCAUCCAGAUUUCUCGUAUUCCAGGGAAGAAACAGUGGAAUUGGAGAGUUCACAACUGGAGAAAGAGCAUCCAGAAUUUUUUUCCACAAAAGAAACAGAAGAAUCAGUGAGUGCACAGCUGGAAAUGGAGCAUCCAGACUUUUCUUUUUCCAGGGAAGAAGCGGAGGAAUCAGAAAGUGCACAGUUGGAGACAGAGCACCCAGAUUACUCAUAUUCCAAAAAAGAACCUGUAGAAUCAGAAAGUGUACAACUGAAGAUGGAGCACCCAGAUUUAACAUAUUGCAGAGAAAAAAUGGCAGAAUCUGAGAGUGUACAGCUGGAGAUGGAGCAUCCAGACUUUUCUUUAUCCAGGGAAGAAGUGGAGGAAUCAGAAAGUGCACAGCUGGAAAUGGAACAUCAGGAAUUUUUAUUUUCCAGGGAAGAGACAGAAAAACAGAAAUCUGUUCCUUUUGAAGUGGAACAGGCAGAGUCUUAUUUCCCUGAAGAAGCAGAGCAAGAAGAUACAGCACAGCUUGCACCUGUAUCUUCAGAUUUAUCAUGUUGGAUGGAAGUAGUAGAGAAAGUAAGUGCUACGGAACUCAAAUUGGUACCUCCCGGUAUAUCUGAUUCCACUAGCAGAGCUGAGACACAGCAGACUGGGUAUCUGGAAACACCAUGUUCAGAUUUACCAUAUCGCACAAACAAAACAAAGCAGCAAGAAUUUGCACAAGCAGAUUUGGACAAUUCUCUUAUGUCAUAUUUUGGUGACAAAGGAGAACAGCUGCAGCCUGUACAGCAGGUUUCACAACCUGGAGGUAAGCUGUAUUCCUGUGCUGAGGGAGUGCAAGGAGAAACUACUCAGCUGCAGUCAGAGCACUCAUUUUUGUCAUAUUCUGCUGAAACACUACAGCAACAUAAAACCUCACAGCUGAGGGCAGAACAGCCAGAGACAUUAUGCUCCACUGACAAAAGAGAACAACAGGAAAUACUGCAACCAAAGUUGGAACAAGCAGAUUCACUAUAUUCCCACAGAGAAACAGCACAAGAAGCUGUAAAAAGAGACUUAGAAGGUCCAGAGCCAUCAUGUUUCAUUAGUGAAGCAGAGCAACUUGAAAAUGUACAACUAGCUUCAGAAAAUAAGGAUUUCUCAUUUAUCACUGGAGAAGUAAUGCGAGAAGGCGUGGAAUCAGGGAUUUUUGGCUCCUUAGGCUCAGUUGACAGAGCAAAGCACUGGGAAAUGGCACAAAUGGAGCAGAAGCAGUUGCUUCCGUCCUGUUCCAUUGCUGGUAGUCAGCAACAGGAACCAGAACCACUGGAUGUGGCCCAGCCAGAUAUAUCAUAUUCCUCUGGCAGAAUGGAACAACAAGAUACAGUACAACAAGAUCUGGAACAGCAGGAAACAGCACAACAAAAAGCUAUGAAAAUGGAGUAUUCAGAUUUUUCAGAAACCUCGGGGAAAGGAGAGCCACAGGUCACAGACCAAACUGAUGUGGCACAGCAAGAAAUAGCUCAACAACAGUUAGUGCAUCCAUCUUUGCCAUAUUCUUUCAGUGAACCAAUGCAAGAACAAAUGCAAACAGAGCCAGCGUAUCCAGGACAGGUAUUUUGUCUAAGUACAGAAAUGCAGGAGGAAAUGACACAACACAAAUCAGAGCAACCAUUUCUUCCAGGUUUUGCUGGCGAAACAAAGCAACAAGAAAUAGUACAUCUAGAGCUGGAGCAAACACUUUUGCCAUCUACCAGUGGAAAAGAAGCUCCACUGGAAAUGGAAGUGAGUUCAGAAUACCCAGGUUUGUCAUAUUCCUUUCAUGAAGCUGAACAACAGAAAACAUUGAAACAUCCAACCUUACCAUUUCGUUUGAAGCAACAAGAACCUGCACCACUGGUGAAGGAACAUCCAGAUUUUUCAUGUGACACUGCUGAAGCAAAACCAGGCAACAUCAUAGAGCCAGAGUUGGGACAUCCAGAGCUCUCAUACUCCAUGGGAGAAACACAACAACAAUCAGAACAUUUGGAUUCACCAGGAACCCUGGGUGAAGCAGCACAAGAUGAAAGUGUGGAAGCGGAAUCUAAAUACCCAAAUUUGUCAUGUACUUAUGGCCAAAAAAACCACCAAGAAACUUCACAGUUGGAUUCUAAAUAUCUGGAUUUAUCGUUUUCUUUUGGUAAAGCCAAAGAACAAGCAACUCAAGAGUUUGAGUCUAAACAUCAAGAAUUGCCUAAAGUGGCCAGAAAAAGAGCUUCUCCAGCAAUGGCACAAAUAGAUUCGAAACAUCCAGAUUUGACAUACUCCCCUGGCAAAGUAAAUGAGCUGGAAGUUGCACCAUGGGAAGUGACGCAUCCUGAUUUGUCACAUUCCACCAAUGAGACAAAUCAACAAGAAGUAGCACUGUUGGAUCAGAAACAGAGAAAAAUUUCUGUCAGCAGAGAAAAGCAGCAGCAAACCACAAAACAGCAGUUAGAGCAAGAAAAGUUAUUACAUUCUCCUGGUAAAACAGAGAAAUUAAAACAAGUCCAGGAGGAUUCGGAAGAACCAGGCUUAUCUUUUUCCACUGACAGGCUGAACGAUCAAAUGGCCUCACUAGAGGGAGAACAUCCCGAUGUGAUAUAUCCUCUGGACAACGCAGGGGUGCAACGAAGAGUACAACACGAAAUGGAGCAGACUUACCGCUUUGGAACAGCAGAACAGAAAACAGUUCAGCCAGAAGGGGAAAUUCCACAUUUGGCCCAUCCUGUGGGUAUGGCAGAAGAAGAAGAAGGAAUGGCAGAACCAGGGCAGGGACAUCUUGACUUGCCUAAUUCAGUUUUCAAAGCAGGAGUGCAAACUGCGCAGCUGAAACCUGAACACCCUGGUCUAGCAUGUUCCCUUGACGAAGUGCAGGAAACCACCCGGCUGGGGUUGGAACAGCCAGAUGCUUUGUGUGUUUGUGACAAAACAGAGCAGCUCCCACCUGCCCAGCUGGACCUGGGCCACGCAGACUCGGCAUCCCCUGCUGACAAAGUGGGGCAGCCAGGGAUGGAGCACAUAGCCAUGGGAUGUCCUGAUGAGGGACAGUCUGUCAGCAAAGCAGAGCAUCCACAAACUGCAGAAGAUAAACUAGGAGCUCCAGAUGCAUCAUCUCAUAGUGGAAAAGUGGAGCAAAGAGAAGUGACAAAACCAGAGCCAAAGCAUCCUGAUUUACCAUAUUCCAUUGACAAAACACAGACACAAGAAACUACACAACUGGCGUUAGGAAAAUCAGAUCUAUCAUCUUGGCUUGGCAAAACAGAACAAGCACGCACAGCUCAAGAAGAGCAGGCAGGUUUCUUGCAUUCUUUCAAAAAAAAUGCACGAGGAGAGAAAGCACAGCCAGAAUUGGGACAUUCACAGUUAUCUUAUUCUGUUGGUGAAGCAGAACAGGAAACUGCACAUGAGAAAUCAAACUAUUCAGAUGUAUUUGCUGGCAGAUUAGAACACCAGGAAAUCAUACAACCAGAGGCAGAAAUAAUGGAUUUAUCGUGCUCAAUUGGUGAAACACAGCAACCUCAAAUUGCUGAAGUGGAUUUGGAGUAUCCGGAUUUAUUGCAUUCCACUGGCAUAGUACAGCAACAAGAAAAGAUUCAACCAGAGGGGGAACAGCCAGGCAAUUUUUCAUCAUUGCUUAGCAAAGAGGAGCAAUGCGAAAGUUCAGGAAUGCAGGCAGAACACCCUGAGCUGCGGUGCUCUUCUGGGAAAACAGAAGGACUGCGGCAUUCCCAAGCAAAAUCAGAAUAUGCAGAUUUGUCAUUCUCUGUUGGCCCAGCAGAACCUCAUAAAGCAACACAGCCAGACCUGAAAGAACAGAAUUUGUUGCAUUCUUUUGUCAAAACAAAGCCAUCAUGGGGUGCCCCAUUGGAACCCGAACACCCAGAUGUCACAGAUGCCGUGGGCAAAGUACUGCACCCUGAUUUGUCCUCUUCCGUUAGUGAAGAAAAACAAAAUACACAACCAGAGGUCAAACAGGAGAGAGGAAGCUAUACAUUACACCCAGAGGAAACAGCACGACUGAAAUUGGAACAGCCAAUGUUUUCAAGUUCUCCCUGCACAGCAAAGCAACCCAACAGGGCCCUACCGGAAGGGGAAUUCCCAGACUUCUUGUAUUCCUCUGGCAAAAAAGAGCAACAAGAAAUGGCAAAACAAGAGUUGGAGCAUUCAGAUUUAUCAUAUUCCGCUGAUAAAACACAGCAACAAGAAACCACACAACUUGGGUUAGGACAACUAGAUUUAUCAUCUUGCCUUGGGAAGACAGAGAAACCACGAACUGUUCAAGUGGAAGCAGAGCAUCAGGACUUGCUGCAUUUCACUGGCAAAACAGAACAUCGAGGAACAGCACAACCAGAGAUUGAGCAUCCAGAUUUGUCAGAUUCCAGUGACAAAGUAGAGCAGCCACCAGCCACACAACAGAAGUCAGAGCAGCCUGUAACACCCCAUCCCACUGGAAAAACAGAGCAGCAGGGAACAGCACAUCCAGAGCAGGAGCUUCCAAAUGUAUCAUAUUCCAUUUGCAAAACACUGUCACAAGAAGCAACACAGAUGGACUUAGGGCAACAAGAUUUGACAUAUGCCCUUGGUAAAACAGAUGAAAUGCAAACUGUGCAAGGUGAACUGGAACAUACAGGUUCGUUGUAUUCUUCAGGCAAAAGAGAACAAGAAAUGGUAUUGCCAGAGUUGCAACAUCCGCAGCUACCUUACACUGUUAGAGAAAUAGGAGAAGAACCUACACAUCAGAAAUCAAGCUAUCCAGAUUUGUCAUAUUAUAUUGGUCGACAAGAGCACCAGGAAGUUGAACAACCAGAGAUGGAAGACAUGGAUUUAUCCAAUCUAGUGGGUAAAUCAGAGAACUUACAUCCUGCCCAAGAAGUACUGCAACAGCCAGAGCUUUUGGAGUCUUUCAGCACUCUAGAGGAAAAGGGAAUGUCCCAGCCUGGCUUUUUGCAGUCCUUUGGUGAAGAAAAGCAGAAACCAGCUUCACAGUUAGACUUAGUGCAACCAGGUUUGUCACAUUUGCUUGGCAAAACAGAAAACCAGGAAACAGCACAAGCAGGGUUCAUAUCUUCUGAUUUUUCAUAUUCCACAGGAAAAGCAGAGGAGCAGCAACUGGAACAACUAAAAUCAAAAUAUCCAGAUUUGUCGUAUUCUCUUCGCAAAGCAGACACUCACGAAAUGAAACCACCAGAUUUAUUGUACUCCUAUGGAAAGACAGAGCAACCACAAACUGCCCAGCUGGAGCAUCCAGAGACAUAUUUCAUGGGUGAAACGGAGGGGAGGGAUGGACCCCAACCUGAACUGCAGUGCAUGAAUUUGCAGUACUCUGUUGUUCAAACGGAGCAACCAGUAACAUCUUCUAUAUCAUAUACCUUUGAUAGGACUGAAGAGCCGGGAACUGCACAAAUGCACUUCAAACAAUCAGGUUUAUUAAGUCCUACUGAUAAAGCAGACGAGCAUGGAAUGACCCUUCUGAGAGCAGGGCAUUCAGAGAAGCGACACACUGGUGCUCCUUCAUCUCUAACUUCUCAGCUGGAAACUGAGCAAGAGAUAUCCUUUUCCACUGAGGAAGCAGAGACCCAAAAAAUUCAACUCUAUUCAUCUCUUACUGAACAAACGAUGUCUGUACCUUUGGCUGUUUCGCAUUCUGUCACUGAAACAAAACCAGAAGGAAGUCCAAAGUCUUCACCUGUAACUGGAGGCCCAUCCCCCAAGAACUUAAAUUUAUCUUACACCUGCUGUAAAACAGAGCAGUCAGAAACUGCCCAGCCUGAGUCAAGUUUGUUCUUUGCAAGAAAAGAAGCAGAGAAUACAAAUAAUCACCUACAUUUGUCCGGGGCUGCACCAUCAGAGGCUGAACAUAUAAUAUUACCUGAAACACAGAGAGAUAAGACUCCACAUUACUUCCACACAACUACGCAAUUACAAUCUGAACAAUUAAAUGUAUCAUAUUCUACAGAUAAAGCAGAAGGUCUAGAAGGUCAAGAAUGUUUAACUGUACCUUCGAAACUGGAAUGUGAACCUUCAGUUCCAUUUUAUUCAGCUGAUGAAACAUGUCAGCAAGAAAUUCCACCUUAUUCAAAACCAGUCUCUGAGUAUAUGGCUCCCACACAGUCCCUUGCUGAAGAAGAAAAGCAAAACAUGCAACCACUUAUUCCCCAGUCUGCACAAUCAGAGUGUAAACAUGGAAGUCCACCACAUGAUGAAAAAGAGUUGCAAAAAACUUGGCUCCGUUCACCUAAAACAGCAAGCUUGAAGGCAGUGCAGUCAGAAAGUAUGUCUCUAACACACACACAAGACCAAGAUGAGCAAGAAUCUCAAGAUCUUUUGUUGGACACAAAAUAUUUAUCAUCAGAGCAGCUAAGAAGUCCCCCCAAAUUCACUACUGAGCAGGAUAAGCAAGAAAUGCUGCCUGAUGUACAGACAGUGCCAAGGUCAGUGACCACAGAGCUGAAGGUGGCUGCUGUAGCAGAUGGGCAAGCAGUGUCAUCAGAUUCACUUGUACCUUUUGAUACACUACAUGAGAAGUCAGUAUCAGUGGCUUUCACUGAUGAUGAAGAGAAACAAAAUAUUCCAUCAUCUUUGUCUGGUGUAGUAGGCAUGCUUGGAAAGCAAUCUAACAUACUUUCAGGCAUUUAUACUGAAGGAGAGUAUAGACAUGAAAUACAACGAUAUUUUGCAGACCAAAAGCAUACAUCCUUAGAGCAUCCGGGAGCUGUUUCAUCAGAUCUUGCUCAUGAAACUGUGACACAAAAACUUGAGCUUUAUUCUGGUGAACAGGGCAGCCUUUCUUCAUCAGAGAUGAAGUCUGUUAGCUCUACUUCUGAUGAAAAGCAGAAUUCAGAUAUUCCACCUUUUGGGCUAGCUAGCUGGCUGGCAGAAGAGGUGAAAUCUUGCUCAAUUAGUCCAAUAAGAGCUGCAGAAGAAGACAAGCAAGGAAUUCAGCUCUCUCCAAAUGAAGCUUCUGAUUUUGAAUCAAAAAAAUUCCCAGCUGGAAGCUGCACAGAACUUACAGUUGGUGGUACUAGAAAGUACAAAAGACACAUAUUUAAAGUUUCUGAUUCAGAGUCAAGUGAAAUUUCUCACAGAAUGUCCUCAGACACUGGUGACAGAACGCAAAGGUAUGAUGUACGAUCUCCAGCAGGAGAUAAUCCAGGUCCAGACAAAGUUUCAGAGCGUGAAACUAGCAUUGGAAACCCUACAAAAAUGGAAGCAAUGCAACAUCUGGGGUUAGACAAAGUGUCUGAAGUGCCUGAACAUUACCUGAGAGGAGAAGAGGAAGAAAUGGAGCAUGCGAGUACUGUAGAAGACAGUCAGCAUGCACCAGAGACUACUGAACAAAAAGAUCUAUUUAAUAUAAUUUCAGAAGGUUAUGAAAUACUCAAUAUUCAUGCUUCUACAUGUAUUUCUUCUGUUGAUCAAGAAGAAAGUAAGCACAUGCCAGAUAAAUUAGAAUACUUGGAAACAAAUCCUUCACUUAAAAGAAAAUUAGCUGAUGAUGGCCAUAGAGCCCUAGCUUCUGGAACAACCACAGAAAUUUCAGAAAGCUCAAUGCUGGGAAAGCCUGCAAGCCAUGAAUUAAAAGAAUUGGUCAAAAAUGAUGAUGUUGAGGGAAUUGGAGAAAUACAACAAGAAAAUCCCAUGUUGCCAGAAAACAAGAACAAUGCAGUGUUGGAUCCUAAGAAUGGUAUGGCCGAUAUGGACUAUUUUGAAAAAUAUACAUUGAUUGAUGAUAAAUCCCCAAUUAAGCCACAUUUUGAAAGACCAAGUUCAUUGUUUCCUGUGACAGAAGAUCCCAAAGAACCUGUGGAAGAAGCCACAACUUCUAAAGAAAGUGCUGAGGUAGAUACUUUGGAAGAAGAGUUUUCCUUACUUGAGGACCUGGAUGAAGUCUUUUAUGGUACUGUGAAAGGAGAAGACAAAAUGCAAUCCUAUGCAGAUGCUCCAGACCCUUUACCUCUGCAGAAAUCAAUUGAUAUUAGCAGUAAAAAGAUUACAAAUGUAGAAGAUGAACAGAAGUCACCAGGGACCCCACUCUUUGAUUCAGAAGAAGGGGUGCUAGAACGAUCUCUGUUGUUCCCUACAACUGUUGCUGCAGUUAAUCCAGAGCUUCUAGAGGAGCCCCCUGCUCUGUCAUUUUUAUACAAGGACCUCUAUGCGGAAGCAGUAGGAGAAAAGACAAAGGAUGAGACUCCCUCUGAUGAGGAAAGUGGUAAUUCUAAUGUGUCUUUCCAUAGUAGAAAUUCAGACACAGAUGAUGGAACAGGAGUAUACUUUGAAAAAUAUGUUCUUAAAGAUGAAAUUCUAAGUAAGGCCAUAGGGCCUCGAAAGGACCAGAUACCAGAGGAUGAGUCCUUUAGUGGAGUAAUUUCAGUUCAGAGUUCGGAGGACAAACACAGGCAGGGGUCUGGUGAUGUUGAAUGUGUCAGAACUGAGGAUCUGCCAGAAUGGGGUGUUGUGGAGAGAGAGAAAGUCCAGGUUGAUAGUGACAUUCAAGCAACAAUUUGUAAACCAAUGCAUGCCAUUCCUUUUGGAAGCAAAGUAAUUCUUUCAGGUGCAAUAAUUGAUACCACUGAACAAAGAGAAGAAGAAAAUGUACCUGUAGAAACAACUGAGGAGUUGCCAGAGCAAUCAAGUCAUCAAGCGUAUGGUCAAGUAGUGGAUUAUCAGGGAGCUGCAUACCAAGAAGCUGGUAAUAAGCAGGAAGAAAAGCAUGACAUAACAGCAGUUCCUCAAAUGGAAAAAUAUGUCCCAUAUGUCAGGACUCCUGUUGAAGACAGUGAAGAUGAUCAGUAUACUCAGGAAAAUCUUUCCUGUGUCCCUACCAUUCAGCAAACAGAGAAACCAGACAUGCAAAGAGAGGAACACCACCCUGAUGUUUAUGAAGAUCUCGCUGUAUCAAUGGACUAUGAUGUGAUUACACAAGAAGAACUUUUGCAAGAUGAAAUAUCAUCUCAAUUAACACACGAGGAGCUAUUAUUUGAAGAAAGGGACUCUUUUGAUCAUGCUGGUGAUAGUUAUGAAUUUGUUAAUGAGCCAGAGCAAAGAACACCUGUUGAGCUCGAAGAUUCAGGUUUUGUGGUGAUGUAUCCUGAAAAAUCAGCAACAAACGUUCCUCAAGUUGAGAGCCCACAAAAAGAACCGAAGAAAGCGCAAGCAGACACAUAUUGUUACCACUGCAAAUGCCCAAUAUCUGCUAUUGACAAGCUUUUUGGAGAACAUAAAGACCAUGAAGUCACAGCACUAGAUGAUGCUGCAACCAAGAUGAAGGAUCAGUUAAGUGAAUUGCUAAUAGCACUGGAAGAAAAGUCGAUGAAGAUUGAAGAGUUUGUGAGUGAUAUUGAAUUGCUGUUUAACACUGUUGAGGAAAACUGUAAGAAAAAUGCAGAGUUAUUAGAAAAGCAGAAUGAAGAGAUGCUUAAGAAAGUGGUAGCACAGUAUGAUGAGAAAUCAGAGAACUUUGAGGAAGUGAAGAAGAUGAAAAUGGAGUACCUGUAUGAGCAGAUGGUUAACUUCCAGCAAACUGUUGAUUCAGCAAAGGAAACUUUGGAGACAACAGUAAAAGAAAUGGAAGAGCUUGAUGGAUUUGUCUUCCUAAACUCAUCUAAAGAAUUGAAUAAAAGGUUACUUUCUGCAAUGGAUACUACUCUCUCUUUAGAAAAGGUGCCCAGUGCUUUUUCACUGUUUGAGCACUACAUGGACAGUCCAGGACAAAGCAACCAGCACUCCUUAAAACAUGUGGCUGUCCCACAGACACCAACUGUUGUACCCCAGGAACCAAACUCAGCCACCAGCACCUCUAUUGCCAUCUACUGGGCUGUGAACGAUGGGGACACCAUUGACUGUUUCCAGGUCUACUGUAUGGAGGAGCCACAAGCCAGCAAAGAUGCAGGGGGUCUGGUGGAAGAAUACAGAGUGACGGUGAAGGAGAGCCACUGCAUUCUGGAGGACCUCGAGCCAGAUCGCUGCUACAGUGUGUGGGUCAUGGCUGUGAAUGGCACAGGCUGUAGCUUACCCAGUGAAAAAUCCAUUUUUAAAACAGCACCCGCCAUCCCCACCAUCAAGGCCGAGGACUGCACGGUGUGUUGGGACACGGCCACUGUCCGCUGGCGUGCCAGGUCAGCGUCGGCAGAGUCCUUCACCCUGGAGUACUGCCGACAGCACUCGUUGGAAGGAGAGGGUCUCAGAUCUUUUGCUGGUAUAAAGACACCUGAACUGAAAGUAUCCCUGGAGCCCAAUGUGAACUAUUUCUUCUACUUGAGGGCUGUCAACCCGUUUGGGAUAAGUGAACAAAGUGAAGCAGCUCUCAUCUCAACUAAAGGAACUCGAUUUCGCCUGCUGAGCGACACAGCCCAUCCCGCUUUGCAAAUCUCCUCUAAUGCAACGGUGAUCCGCCUUCCUGACAAAGCCAAAUUCACUGGGUUUCCUUCAGUCCUGGGUGAACUGCUGCCUGCUCAGGGACAUCAUUAUUGGGAAAUCAUUGUCUCUGCCUGCAGAAGCUACAGAAUUGGGAUUUGCUAUGAGGCAAUAUCACAGAGCAGCAUUCUGGGGCUGAGUGAUACCUCCUGGUGCCUGUGGUGCUGUCCUACACAAACCAGCUUUCUCUACAGAUCUCUUCACACUGGUGUGAUGAGUGAUGUCCAUGUGACAGAACACCCAUGCAGGAUCGGCAUCCUGUUGGAUUACAGCGGUGGCAGACUGUUGUUCUUCAAUGCAGAGCGAGGACUGGUGCUGUUCACCAUCAGGCACAAAUUCACUGAUGCUGCUCACCCGGCCUUUGCCCUGGAGAAGGCUGGGGUGCUUACCCUGCGCACAGGAAUGGAGCUGCCGGAGUUUGUGAAGCACAGCUAAUCCCCUGCUUCACACUUUCAGGAAAACUGAUAAUUACAGCGUCAGGGGACAGGGAAGGG